AGAUUUCUUAGAGAGAGAAAGCAAAGAUUUGAUUUUCAGAGAUAGCAAACAAACAGGCCUUCAUGACAUUGACAGCUACUCUUUUCAUUUACAUUUUUACAUUACAUCGUAUAAAGCAGUCCAACCGUCGACCACGCCUGGUCUCAGUUUUUGCCUCUGCUUCCUGCGACCUAUAGAAGAAGCUGACGCUCCUUUUUCUCCGUUUUAUUCUUCCAUGGCUAGAAACAGCGUCGUUUCCCGGCGAUGGAGGUCCGAGAAGAUGGAUGGCUUUGAUCUCUCACCUCCUGAUGAACAAGUGCACGUUUUGGCAGUGGAUGAUAGUCUUGUUGACCGCAAAGUCAUUGAACGUUUGCUCAAAAUCUCAUGUUGUAAAGUGACUGCAGUGGAUAGUGGAAUUCGAGCUCUGCAAUUCCUGGGAUUAGAUGAAGAGAAGAGCUCCUCUGUUGGUUUCGAUGGCUUGAAGGUGGAUCUGAUUAUCACAGACUACUGCAUGCCUGGAAUGACUGGUUACGAGUUGCUCAAGAAAAUCAAGGAAUCGUCCACUUUCAGAGAAAUUCCGGUAGUGAUUAUGUCAUCGGAGAACGUCAUGGCUCGAAUCGACCGGUGUUUGGAGGAAGGAGCAGAGGACUUUAUAGUGAAACCGGUGAAAUUAUCAGACGUGAAACGAUUAAGAGAUUACAUGACAGCCAGAGAGUUCAGAGUGAAAAACCAACAAGUCGGAAACAACAACAACAAUAAUAAGAGGAAGUUAAGAGAGAGUUGUGAUCUCUCUUCAUCGCCACCGUCCAUCUCAUUUUCAUCAUCAUUAUUAUCACCAUGGCCAUCCCCGCCAUCAUCUCUAUCUUCUCCAACGUCUCCAUCGCCGUGUCUAUCACCGUCACCGUCGUCAUCAUCAUCACCAUCACCGCCGAUAUUGUCAUAUUCGGCGCCUUGUUCUCCCACUACGUUAGAUUCUCCUACCAGACGGCUGAAAAUGAGCAGCUCCGAUUAGAUCCUUUGCUGCCCCACCUAGCCCAACUAUUUUAUUUAUCUUACAAUUAGAGAAAAAAAAAAAAGGAAAUUUCCCUUUGCAAUGUCAGCAAUUCUCCGUUAGUUUUAACGGUUUUUGUUGCUUUUUUGGCUCUUCCUGUUUUUGGGGGGCUUUUGUUUAUGUUGUUCAUUAGUACAAUAGUAAAUUUGAAUAGCUGAUUAAUCAGCAAAUAAAAAAUGAUAAGGAUGAAUGAAUUGGGUAUUU